GGUACCAUGUUGUACCACUUACAGCCGCAUUAAUUAAUGGCGUAGGUUUGCAGUUGCGCGAAAUAACAAAAUAAUUCGGGUCCAUUUAAAGUACGAGCGAAAUGGACAAUAGUGGAACACAUUUCUGUUUGGCAUUUUUGUAUUUAACGAUGUAUAUUAACUGUAUGGAAGAUGGACACGAACCGAGCUUUGUCUAUCUCAAGAAAGAAUACAUUCUAUUAAACUACCGUGUCAAUUGGGACGAAGCGCAAGUUAUUUGCGAAACCUACGAAAAUGGGUCCCUCGCUAUCACUCGCAAUCCAGCAAUUAGGAUCUUUUUAGCCAAAUGUAUAGAAGAAUCAGCACCACAUGCGGAUAGUUACUGGAUUGGAGCUGAACGUCCAAAAAACAGUAAAAUUUUCCAUUGGAUCGAUGACGGAGAGGAGUUUAAAGAUACGUAUUACUUUGUACUACAUAGUGUGGAUUACGUACAACCUGAUGCUCGGGAGUGUCUCUGUUUUUCCCGUGAAAAUCACAAUGAGGCUUUAUAUUUCAACAUAGACUGCAGGUUAAGACAUGCACUGAUUUGUGAAAGACCAUAUGAGAACAAAUACGAUGGUUCUAUGACCACCACCGAUUGGAUUGUGGUAAAUGACCGCAGAUACGGAAUAUUUUAUGACCAGAGAACAUGGUCAGAAGCCGUAAGAGACUGUCAAAAAAAUCAUAAGGCGGGAUUGGCUUCUUUCCGGAAUAAAAACGAAACGAGAAUUGUAGGAAAGUAUUUAUUAAUGGGCCGACCAAGUUUGGAAAACGCAUGGAUAGGUGGGCGCUAUAAGCAAAAUGCUUGGAAAUUCAUAUCAAACGACGUAAUAAUUUCGGACCACACGGAUAGUAAUACCUUAUACCCUCCAUGGUACUUAAAUCGAACAACACAACGAGGAGGUUGCUUGGUAUUAGAUAGACACAUCGCAAAUGAAGCAGUGUUUAUUGAAACUAGCUGCAACAGACGCAAAAGUUACAUUUGUUCAAAAAGUAUUUCGGAAACUCCCGACAAACUGUCUCGUUUUAUCGACAAAAUUGAGUACACCUUAUACUAUACAAAGCAAACAUGGGACGAAGCAUUCGAAACAUGUCUUUCUCAGAACGGUACGUUAGCCAAAGUUACCCGCGAAGUAAUACAUUCAUUGGUACAAAUGAUGGGCGAGGAAGAUUACGAGGUUUACCAUGUGUGGAUUGGUGGACGACUGGACGAACGCGGAAUGGAUUUUAAAUGGGUGGAGGACAAUGAGAUUAUAACAAAACAAACUGGUGGUAUCGAUUACUAUCCCCCAUGGUAUGAUGUCGAAUUUAAUACAAAAUAUCCUUGCCUCAAUAUGGACAGAGAGAAUCAUAACCGGCCUAUUUUCUAUGGAGUGGAUUGCUCACGUGCUCAAGAAUUUAUUUGUGAACAGAGUAAAUACGAGUAUUUUACAAGUUAUGAAUAUGGGUCUGCACAAAAACGCUUUCCAGAUAAUUUAGUUCAUUACUUGAAUAUUUUAUAUUUCAUUUAUUUCACAGUUUGGUAUGUGUAACCAUUAAAGACAUGAUAUUUUUGUGUUGUAAAAACCCACUCUUACAAAAUUAGUUGUAGCUUUCAUAGUCAACGCGCUAUCCUUUCAUCUUUAGUUGCUGAAAAAGUGCAGGAUAACGUGUAUACGUUUUACCGUUGACACCAUAUCCAUGAAAAAUUAACGUAUAGUGAGGAUCAAUAGUACUCUACGUACAAAA